AUGCCACCACUAUUUUCCAGAAGGCUCUGGACUCACAGAUUAUGUGCAAGGGGAAGGAUACGAAGUGUUCACACAGAGAACUGGGUACAGCGAUGUAUGACCAGACUGCCAGAGAGUGAAGUAAAACCAAAGUUAGAAGAGUUGGUGCAGAAGCUUGAGAUAAAAGUUGGCGAAGUGGCAACAAAUGGAUACUUGUAUCCGGGAAUAGUAGAAGCCGUCAACGAUUUGAACUCGCAGUACGGCGAUCGUUUGGUAGAAAGAGGAGUGAUUGGUGCUGCGAACAAGGCUAAGGACGCCCAGAAGAAGCUAUGGGAUGAGUUGUUUCCGGGGAGAUAUGAGACAAUACAGGAACGAAAAAGCAUUAAGAGAGACUCAUCUGGAUUUCCGCUUGAACUUCAAUUACGUUUUUACAGAGAAUUGGGACGUCGAGAAGCCAUUCCUCAACACCUCGUCAAAACGUUCCUCCAGCUGGAUCCACCGAGAUCAUUGAAGAUUGACCCCCACAGCUUUGAAAAGUUCAUGAAGAUUGUAUUCAGUGCUAAGAGGUAUAACUUGAAGGCAUUAGCAUUUCCGCUGCAGGAGAUAGCCAGAGAUCUGGAAGGCUGUGGGAUGAGACUGACCGAUAAAGAGAAAAUGGUACUGGUUAGAGCCAGAUACGCAUUUGCCAAAUUUGGCAGGAAGUCUGUAAGCAAGGUGCUGAAAGAAUUACCGCUAAGGCCUGGCGUGCUUGUACUUUUGAAUCAUUUGGCAUUGAGAACUAGGAGAAACCUAUUACUUGCCUCCACGGAUCAGAUCUGUCAAAAGGCGAUCGAACAGAAUCUAACACCCAAUAGCGCUCUGAUUGGGAUGCUCCUCAAAAGCUCUGUUUUGAGUAAGAACAGGAGCACAAUGGUGAAUGUCAUGGAUCUGUUGGUUUGUCAGAGGAUCCUGCCAUUGAACGGAAAGUUGCUUGGGAAUCUGAUCGAAACCUUAUCUUCAUUUGGCGAGGUGGAUCUUGCUCUGAGAUUAGCAAAGCUGAUGAAGCCCGCACAGUUUUUUCCCUUAGCAGAGUCAAAAAGAUACGCUUUACAAGAGCAGUUUGAUCUGCUCUACACGAAGCUGGAAUUGGAAAAUAACGUGUUAGUUCCAUUAGAAGCAACAGAAACAACCUUUGACAAUUUUUUUCCUUUGCAAAAAGGCAGCACCAUGGAUGAAUCAAGAUCAUAUAUCCAAGCCUCGGGAAUCAUUGAAUUUAUGAAAUACAACGAAUUCGUGCCUUCCUCCAAGACGUUUGAGAGGAUCUUUAGAUCCUUUAGCAGAGUUCAACACCACAAAGAGUCAUGGAACUACACGCAACUACGCGAGGUUGUGGCUAUGCUUAUCGAGCAAAAACAGAAGGUGAGAACGGUGUUUCGGGAGCUAAAACCCCAGAAUGAAACUCUGAAUUUGCACCUGACUGAGAUGCUGGUCUCGAGUCUUGUUGAUGCUUAUAUGAAGACGACUGGGUCACACAAUUCAGAAAAAUGCACUGAAAUACUUAGGGCCUUCCGGGAUGUAAAUAAAGGGGCACCACAGUAUACUCGAGCACGAGACGAGUUUUUAUUACAGGAGAUUUCGAAGCUAUUCCAGCUGAGUUAUCUGUCUGUUUGA